UGACCGUUUAAAUUAGACUGUAUGUGCACCCCUCUAAAUCUCCAAAUAUGGUUUAGCCUAUACCACUGUCGACGUGACUUUUGCUCACCAUCCAAAAUCGAAACUGAAACUUUGAAAGAAGCCAUUUUGAAACCCAGCAAAAAAAGAACUGCGUCACAUCGUUAAAACACUAAACUUUGUCAGCAAGCAUUUUGGUGAAGGAGGAAGAGAUCCACCUGCAGCAGGGGUGUCAAACUCAGUUCCUGGAGGGCCACAGCCCUGCACAGUUUGUUUCCACAGGUGUGUUUAAAUUGCGGUUGGAACUAAAUUGCCGAGCUGCGGCCCCCCAGGAACUGAUUUUGAUGCCUGUGACCUACAGUAUAUGUACUGUAACUACAAUAUGGACAACACACGGUCAUCCCGUGAUGAAGAUAUUUAUUCAUGCACCAGUAGAGAAUCGGAAGAGGUCUUGUCGAAUACGAGUUACUGGUCUCUGCCAUCAUAUUUUCGUCACAGAAAAUUUCAUCGCAGUUCAGUUCAUGAGAAAAUAUCUGACUCAUCAGAGUCCAGCCGAGUGUCUUUGAAGAGUGACUGGUCUAUGAACCCACCACCACUUUUAGGUGAAGAGAGAAAAUCAUCAAACUUAAAUAUGUCUAGCCUAGUGUCUGUGAGGAGUGACUGGUCUAUGGAUCCACCACCACUUUUAAGGGCUAAAGGAAAAUCAGCAGUGUCCAGCGGAGUGUCUGACAACAUUGACUGGCUUGUGUGUUCACCUUAUUUAAGGGUUGAAAGAAAAUCAUCUGCUCUCAGACAUAAAUUGAGUCUGCUCAAGAAGUUUCAGUGUCUGUAUGAGGGUACAGCGGUUCAGGGUAAACCAACACUCCUGAAUGAGAUCUACACAGAGCUCUACAUCACAGAGAGUGAGAGUGGAGAGAUCAGUCAUGAGCAUGAGGUGAGACAGAUUGAGACACAAUCCAGGAGAUCAACAACAGAGGACACAGCGAUCAAAUGCAGAGACAUCUUUACACCUUUACCUGGACAAGACAAAGCCAUCAGAACUGUGCUGACGAAGGGAGUCGCUGGCAUUGGAAAAACAGUCUCUGUGCAGAAGUUCAUCCUGGACUGGGCUGAAGAGAAGGAGAAUCAGGACGUCCAGCUCAUAUUUCCACUUCCUUUCAGAGAGAUCAAUCUGAUAAAGGACAAAAAGUUCAGUUUAGUUAGUCUUCUUCAGACCUUCUUUACGAGAGAGAUACAUUUAGAUAUGAUUCAAAACUCUGCUGUCAUCUUCAUCUUUGAUGGACUGGAUGAGUGUCGUCUUCCUUUCAACUUUAGCCGCAAUGAGAUCCUAUUGGAUGUGACCAAAGAGACAUCAGUGGACGUGCUGCUGACGAACCUGAUUGUGGGGAAUCUGCUUCCCUAUGCCCUCAUCUGGAUCACCUCCAGACCAGCAGCAGCAGAUCUCGUCCCCUCUGAGUGUGUCCAUCGAGUGACAGAGGUACGAGGCUUCAAUGACCCUCAGAAGGAGGAAUACUUCAGCAAGAGAAUCAGUGAUCAGAGUCUGGCCAAUACAAUCAUCUCACACCUGAAGUCCUCCAGGAGCCUCUACAUCAUGUGCCACAUCCCAGUGUUCUGCUGGAUCUCAGCCACUGUUCUGGAGAAGAUGUUGAGUGAAGCAGAGACUGCAGAGAUCCCCAAGACUCUCACUCAGAUGUACACACACUUCCUGAUUUUGCAGACUAACAUUAAACAUCAAAAGGACUAUGAGGAGAAGCUGACAGAUGAAGACAUGAUCCUCAGACUAGGGAAACUAGCUUUUCAGCAGCUCAUGAAAGGCAAUAUAAUCUUCUAUGAGGAAGACCUGAGAGAGUGUGGCAUUGAUGUGGCAGAAGCUUCAGUUUACUCAGGAUUGUGCACUCAGAUCUUCAGAGAGGAGUUUGGCUUGUAUCAAGGGAAAGUCUUCAGCUUUGUUCAUUUGAGCAUUCAGGAACAUCUAGCAGCUCUAUAUGUGCACCUCUUAUUCACAAACCACAACAUAAAUGUGUUUGAGCAAAUGACAAAGUCAUUUGAAGGCACACCUUUGAAUAAAUCUGACCUGCAAUCGUUAACUUUGAAUAUGGAAUUGUUUGAGAUAAGUGAACCAGUCUUGACAGAUGUGGCUGCAAUGUGUGAAAUGGACUGGAGAGUUGUGAAUGAAAUAUCUGCACUGCAUUGUAAAGCUGUGGAUGAGGUUUUACAGAAUAAAAAUGGACACUUGGAUCUUUUCCUGCGGUUUCUUCUGGGUCUGUCAGUAGAGUGUAAUCAGAUUCUCCUACAAAGGCUAACGAAACAGAGAAGACACCUUUACAACGAUAAUAAAACAGUUGAAUACAUCAAGAAGAAGAUCAGAACCAUUAACUCUCCAGAGAAAUCCAUCAGCCUGUUUCACUGUCUGAAUGAACUGGGUGAUCAUUCACUAGUGGAGGAAAUACAGCAGUACCUGACAUCUGGAAAAAUAAAAGAGUUCAAACUCUCUUCCUCUCAGUGGUCAGCUGUAGCUUUUGUUUUGUUGACCUCAGAGAAGAAGCUGGAGGAGUUCUGGCUGAAAGAGUUUGUUGGAGCAGAAACUAAAGCUGAUCAUGUUCUUCAGAAGCUACUGCCUGUGGUUAAAGAAUCUAGAAAAGCUGAGUUAAGCAAGUGUGGUCUCACAGAGGAAUGUUGUGCUGCUUUGGCUUCAGCUCUGAGAUCAAAGCUCUCACAUGUGAGAGAACUGGAUCUGUCUGGAAAUAAACUAGGUGAUUCCGGUAUAGAGAAUCUCUCUACUGGACUUGAAAAUCUUCACUGUAAGCUGGAGAUACUCAGGUUGAGAAGUUGUGGAAUCACAGCUAAAGGUUGUACUGCUUUGGCUUCAGCUCUGAGAUCAAACCCUGAACAGAUCAGACAACUGGAUUUGUCAGAAAACAAUAUUCGAGAUUGGGGAGUCAAGCAUCUUUUUACUGAACUCAAGAAUCCUGACUGUAAAUUGGAGAUACUGGGGUUAAGGAAUUGUGGAAUCACAAUUGAAGGUUGUGCCGCUUUGACUUCAGCUCUCAUAAUAAACCCUUCACAUCUGAGAGAGCUGGAUAUCAGUAGGAAUAGUCUUGGAGACACAGGACAAGAACUGCUCACCUCUCUUUUGAACUCUCAACAUCAUAAACUAGAGAUACUACUGCUUCACAAGUUUCCAAUGACAUUCACGUCUCUGCCCAGCUCCCACUCUCCAGAAAUGUUUCCACAGAGAUUCCGGACCCACAAUCUAAAGGAAUGAUUUUUUACACAUGCUAAACUAUGCGUAUAAUGCAGCUAAUGCUAUUUGUUUUCAUCAACAGUUAGUGCGUCUUAUCUGCACGCAGCCUGAUUUUUCUACUAGAAUCCCUUCUAUUUAACACUAAAAGAGAAGUGGCUACCCACAAGGCAGGCGCUGUGGGUCAUGCUGAUCUCUCGACGCAGAAGUAUAAAUCAGCCUUGAGUGUGAAAGGAAAGACAUUACCAAAGGCAAUGUUAGCGAUGAGCAGUAAACGUUAGCAAAGAGCAUGUAGACAUUUACGCAGUGAUUAUUAACAAUAUUAUUAGACAUUAAUAAAGAACAUGAAGGUGGCACAGCGGGUAGUGCUGUCGCCUCACAGCAAGAAGGUCGCUGGUUUGAACCUCGGCUCGGUCAGCUGGCAUUUUUGUGUGGAGUUUGCAUGUUCUCCCCGUGUUGGCGUGGGUUUCCUCCGGGUGCUCCGGUUUCCCCCACAGUCCAAACACAUGCGCUAUAGGUGAAUUGGGUAGGCUAAAUUGUCCGUCGAGUAUGUGUGUGAAUGAGAGUGAAUGGUUAUUCCCAGUGACUGGUUGCGGCUGGAAGGGCAUCCACUGUGUAAAACAUAUGCUGGAUAAGUUGGCGGUUCAUUCUACUGGGGCAACCCCUGGUUAAUAAAGGGACCAAGCCAAAAAAGAAAUUGAAUGAAUGAAUAAACAACAUGUACAGUAGAUAAUAACAAAGAGCGAACAGAAAGACGUUAGCAAAAAUCAUGCAAGGCAAGAUGUUAGCAAAAGAGGGUGCAGAAAAAGAGCAUGCGUAUAAGGCAAGGAGGAGUGCUGUAGCAGGGGAUAGGUAUAAGGAGAUAGGAUUAGAGGUAUAAGAAGGACAGUACAAUAGUGUUUGCUCAUUCUUCCCAAAUGUUUCUGAAUGGUUUCAUGUACUCAUGUACAACUUGUAAAUAGCCAUUUAUUUGUACACUACAUAGUAAGAACACUGCACUGUAGAACUCUAGGUCUAAUAGAAAUAGGAUGUUUAAAAUUAAAAGCAUUUCCACAAUCACAAUGCAAAGGGAACUCAAGAGAUUAGGACUCAACAGCUGUGUAGCCUCAAGAAAAACACUUGUCAGAGGCUAAUUGAACAAACAAUUCGCUAGGGAGUAUAAAGAUUGGACAUGGAGCAAUGGAUGAAGGUCAUGCGAGUCAAGAUUUACCAUGUUCUAGAGUGAGGGGCACAUCAGGGUAAGAGGAAAGUAGCCUUCCAUUAAAGUUCUGGAGCAGUGCUAUGAGUUCAAGGCUCAGCAGCAUUAUGUGCUCAACACGAGGUCAGCUGACAACCUGAAUAUAAUAAAUGACCAGCUUAUUCCAUCAAUGGAUUUUUUUUCCUCCCUGAUGGCACGGAUGAUGAUGACGAUGCCAAUGAUUCAUCGUGUGCAAAUUGUGAACAAGAUUUUUUUACAUGGAUUGGCCACCACAGAGUCCAGACUUAACCCUUUUGAGAAUCUUUGGGUUGUGCUGGUGAAGACUCGGCCAUCAUCCAAACAAGAUCUUUGUGGGAAAAAAAGACAUUUGUUUUACUGCUCUAUUUCAAGUUUAAAGGCUUCUUUAUUUUCCAAACAUUUCAAACACUCUCCUGUGCAGGAUCAUGCAGCAUAAGAAACAGAACAGAGACUAAAUAAAGUGAUGGCACAUCAUUUUGUUUUUGUGUAUCCCAUAUGUACAGUAUAUACACUGAAUAUAUGUGAAUUGUUAUGACGGAAAUAAUUACAUAUGUUUAGUAUAUUUAAUGAUAAUAGCUAUACAGUGUGUGAAAUACUAUAAACUAACUUGUGUACAUGUUAAUCUUUCCAACUUUAUUGUAUGAAAUGAUCUGCUGUAUAAAAGUAAUUGUUGGUUCAUUCCACUGUGAUAAAUCAGGGACUAAGCUAAAGUAUAGCAAGUGAGUUGUUUGAAAUUAAAUGUACCUUGCUCUUAUACAGGCACACAGUGACAUUGUUGUCUUUUAAGAGCUGCAUGUACAGUCAAACCAAAACUUAUUUAGACACCACAUCUAUGAGCAUGCAGGAUAAUAUUAAGCUGCUGCAGUGAGUUUGGGAAAAUACUGAUGUCCAGAGUUCCAUGAAACUGGUUAAGUCUACAGGCUGAUAUUUCAGCUAAGUGUAGCCAAAUAAAGUUUUGUGUAAAAAGCCAUAAGAUCUGUCGGCGCCAGUGGUGUAGUGGUUAGUGCGUUAACUCGUGCACUCUGUUGCUCGCGGCGACCCGGGUUCGAUUCCGCCCUGCAGUCCUAUACCGAUCCUUCCCCUAUCUCUGCUUUCCUGUCAAUUCUCUCUACUGUCCUAUCAAAAAUAAAGUUGAAAACCCUGAAAAAAUAAUUAUAAAAAUAUAUAUACUUGUGUUAUUAUUGGUUGAUUUUAAUACAUUGCAGAUGUGUCCUUUUUAUCAAAGUUAUCUGACAUUACUGUAUCAAGAUGAAUUGGUCCUGAUACCGUUUAAUUGCAAAGAGCUGGAGUUCUUAUCGUAUUUUAUUAUCAUAUUUAAACUAAAGAGAAUAAACUGUGAUAAUUACCACAGUACUGUAUCUCUCAAAUUGUUCAGGCAUUUGUUCUUUCUUAUCUAGAUUACUGUCCAGUGGUAUGGUCAAGUGCAUCAAGUAAAGACUUAUUUAAAGAUAAAUUACAGUUAGUCCAGAAUAGAGCGGCAUGACUAAUUUUACACUGCAAUGGAAGAGCUUAUAUGAAAAUGCAUAGGUUGGUUAUUGGUGAAGGAUAGGGUAAUUGUUUUUCUGCUGUGUCAUAAGAAAUAUUACUGUGUCAAGAAUUCCAUAUUACUGUCAACUUUUGUAUAGUAAUGCUAGGUAUCAUUUUAACACCAGGCAAGCAUCAAAAGGACAUUUUUGCUUCCCAUUUCAAAAACUAAUACAAAGCAACAUACUGUAAUGUAUAGAGGAAUGAAAAUAUGGAAUGAAUUGCCAUUAGACAUUAAAUGCUUUGUAACAAGUAAAAUGAGGUUUAAAGAAUUGUUUAAGAAAUAUUUAAUGGCCCAAUAUUAAGUGGAUUGUUUAUCUGGGUGUUAUAUAUGAAUUUAGUAUUUUUAUGUUUUUAUUGGUCUUGUUGUUAUGUAAUUUUGUUAUGUGUUCGAUGGACCCCAGGAUGAAAGCCACUACCUUGCUAGUGGCUAAUGGGGGUCCUGAUGAAUAAAUAAAUAAUUUGAGAAAAGGA